AUGUUUGACUGGAGCAGCGAGGCCUGCUGCAGGUGGUCCAGUCCUCCUCCUGGCCAGAUUGCCGAUCCGGACCAGCCCGUCCUGUGGCUGGACCAGAUGCCUGCCCGGAGCCUGAGCCGAGGCUUCAACAACCACAUCAACCUGAUCAGGGGUCAGAUCAUCAACAUCCGGUACCUGGCCUACUUCGACAGCAUCCUGGACUUCAUCAAAGACCGGAUCCUGGUUUAUCACGGGUACGUCACCGCCCUGACCCCGUCCAUCUCCUGUGCGGCAGAAAGGCAGCUGUCGGUGCUGAAUGAGCUAGGUGGCGCCGUCCCCUGCUACAUCCACAGUGGGACGUUCCUGAGCCAGACCACCCGUCACGUGAUCGACGCCACACGCUGUCCGCAUGGUCUCCUGCUGUCAGUCCUGGGUCCGGAGACAGGUGUCCCAUCUUGUCACUGCCUGAUAUGGUCUGACGGAAACUCCAGGGCUGGAAACGGAAGUUCUUCUGAUGAACGUUUGCAUGCAACUUCUCUGGAGACCUUCGUGGCUCAGAAGAUCAGCGCGCUGCUGGGUCUGAUCGCAGCCGGAGCGGACUUCUACAGGAGCGUCGGCGUGACCCGGAAGAGCGAGGCCGAGGGCGUCUGGCAGAGGUUCUACGGGCGCGAUGCCGUGGCCGAGCAGGUGGAGGCGCUGCUGCAGCUGGAGAGGGACUGGGACGGCUUCCUGGACUGGGUCGACAAGAGCCUGCAGACAGGACGGUCCACUGAAGGGGUCCCAGCAGCGCGUGUCGGUCCAGAGCUGGUCCUGACCGACGGACGCAGCGGCGGGAGCGUGACUCUGGCUCAGCAUCUGCAGGCGGGUCACAAGCUGCUGCUGGUCCUGAUCCGACACUACGGGUGACUGCCGUGACGGGACCACGUGAGGGCGCUGCAGGACCAUCAGGAGGUCCUGGCGGCGCGCUCCGUGCAGGUGCUGGUGGUCUCCUUCGGUGGGCUAGAGGGCGCUGGAGUCUGGCUGCUGCAGACCGGCUGCAGCUUCCCCCUGCUGCUGGACCCUGGCCGCAAGCUCUACAGGACCUUCGGUCUGGACUCGUCCCACGGGCAGGUCUUGAGGUUCGGCACUCUGCUGAGGUACUCAGAGUUCCCGGCGCAGAACCGUGACUUCCCUGACGUCCCUUCACACCUGCUGGAAGACAUUUACCAGAUGGGUGGGGACUUCCUUCUGAGCGACUCGGGCGAGGUUCUUCUGUGUCACCCGAGUAAGACCCCGCUGGACCGCCCGGUGCUGAGCGACAUCCUGGCGGCGGCCGAGCUCGCCAACAGCGCCUAGAGGAGGCGGCGGCGCCACCUGGCCAGGAGCGCGGCUCCUCCGCUCGCGCUGAUGACGCCACGUCUCGCACUCAUGACGUCAUGAAGAGGCGUGGCCGAUGCCACACCGCGAGGAGGGGACGGCCGCCAUCUUGCCAGCGAGUGGAUUGAUUUCAUGUAAAUCGAGGACGGAUCAAAUAAGUCAUAGUCUGAAGUAUUAGUCAUGUGACUUUGAAGUCAUUUAUUGAUUCCUGGAAUAAAUCCUGAUCAA